AUGGAGCAAUAUAGAUCACAGCAUACUCCCUUGUUAGAUAAUGCAUUUUUUAUUAUAGAAAUUCUGAUGGAUAUUAUGUACGCGGAUAUUGUACUCCAGGAUCGCUGCGCGAGCUGUACUGGGAAUGCCCUUAUUGCAAAACAUGGACCAACCCUUCGCGAGCUGGUAUCCUCCAGAAAGUUACCAUUUGGGCUAAAAAAAGCCAUUGAAACGUACUGCAUUCGGCAUUGUCUAUCGUGUGCCCCUGAGCUCAUCUUGACAGCACCCAGUGCGAUGGAUGGAAUUCUACAGCUCGCCAAGUGCUUACAAAACGAGCAUCAUGAAACGCCGGUCCGGCCGUCAACGAGGUCUUCGUCUGAUAAAAAAGAAGAGGAUGUUCUGGAGCCAAUGAAGCGAAUUGGGGAAUCGAUCAUCGAGGACACUAUGCAGUUGAAGAAAUCUAUGGACAUUGAACGUCAUAAGCAUUUAAUUGGUGCAUUGGGUGAAGUUAUACUGAGGUUCAUCUUUCAGGCCGCUGCGGAAUGUGAACAUGAAGACAGAGACAGUAUAACUCAGGGAAGAACAGAUUCCAACCCGAUGCUCGAGACGCAUGGUCAGGCUCCCCUUUUUAUGCAAAGCAUCCAACGUUUUGUUAAAUCUGUUGUCGAUCGACGCCGGUGCAUGAAACAGCUGCAUGAAGUGGAAUUAACUAAAACAGCAAAUGAGCUCCUUUUCCCAGAGUCCGAGGAAACCACGACUGCACCAGCUAAUUGCGGCGCGCACUCGACACCUCGUAAAAGUCGUGAAAGGCAUCCGAGAAACGCAGAGGCGACACCCCCACAACGUAAAACCACUCCCUCAAAGACGCACACCGACAACUUAAAGAAAAGCGGCCUCGAGGAGGCGGUAGCCAACGGAAAUGCGGCGAUGGCAUGGACUAACCACCACGACAUGCCGAAGCGAACAUAUUUCUUAUGCGUUGAGACGAAUCGUUUUGAACCCAUCGUAAACAGAGGACUUUUUUAG